AUGGCCACCCAAAUUCCUCGCGUUCCAACGUCACAGCUCUUCUCUUUAGAAGGUAAAACAGUGGUUGCCACUGGAGGUACCGGCGGCCUCGGGUUGGAAAUCUGUAUCGCUCUUGCAGAGACCGGGGCCGAUAUCGUGUCCAUCCAUCUUCCCCGGGACCCCGGCCAGACCACGCUGGAAGAAGCCGUGAGAAAACUCGGCAGGAAAGUUAUAGGGUUCGAGUGCGAUGUCGGAGACUCGAAGCAACUCCGGGAGACCUUUGACCGCAUGUGGAAGGCGGACGUCGUGCCGGACAUUCUUUUGAACUGUGCGGGCUUGAAUCGGAGGGGUCCCAUUGAGGACAUGACCGACGACAAGAUUGACCUGAUCUUCUCAGUCAACCUGAAAGGGGCCUACGUCGCCGCUCAAGAGUUCGGACAACGUUUGAUUAAACUUGGUCGGCCGGGAAAGAUCAUCAACUUUGGCUCUUUUACGUCUUACGUGGCAAUGACCAACGUCUCGGCAUAUGCGGCGACCAAAGGAGGAGUUUUACAAAUGACCAAAGCUUUCAGUAAUGAGUGGGCGUGCCACGGAAUUCAGGCAAGUAUAGUGUCAUGUUCAUACACAUGA